AUGGCAGCCUUCCUGGGGGGGCCGGGCGAGAGGCCCCCCUGCAGCACUGGCCCCGGGUGGGCAAGCGAGGGACCAGGGGCCGACGGCAAGAACCGGCGCGUGUGCCAUGCCGCGGCACGGCUGGAGAUGGGCAGCCUCUGGGAGGAAUUCAACCGCCUGGGCACCGAGAUGAUCGUCACCAAGGCGGGCAGGAGAUGUUCCCCAACCUUCCAGGUGAAGCUGUCGGGGCCGGACCCCCGGGCCGCCCACAUCAUCCUCAACUCCAUGCACCGCUACCAGCCCCGCUUCCACGUGGUCUUCGUGGACCCGCGACGGGACAGCGAGCGCUUCGCCCACCAGAACUUCAAGUCCUUCAGCUUCCCCGAGACCCAGUUCAUGGCGGUGACGGCUUACCAGAACCACCGGAUCACCCAGCUGAAGAUCGCCAGCAACCCCUUCGCCAAGGGCUUUCGGGAUGGAGACCCUGAGCCGUGGUAA